GCGGGGCGCUGGUUGCUAUGGACGCCCUGGCUGCUGCCGGCGGGCGGGUGGGCGCGCGCAGGGUCGCGGGGGCUGCCGUACAACCUUACUUUUCCCGGUCCCCGCGGCUCUGGGCCUCGCUCUCCGCCGUCCGGGCGGCACCAUGAAGUCUUUAAAGAAGGAGUCCCGCCUUAGAAUACCUACAAACAGAUUCUUGGAGGCCCCAGAGAGCGUGAAAGGUUGGCGCUGGCUGCCUUGGGAGCUCAGGAAAGCCCUUACAGGGGCAGGGGUUCUUGGGAUUCACGACACGGGGCCUGGAGUAUGGCCGUGACCCCAGGAUGGAGAAAAGAAGCGGGCAAAGGUACCUGAACAGCCCACACCCCCAAUUCAGGAAGAACCUGAACCUGUUAGCAAUGUGCUACAAGGAGAUGACAUUCUUGCCUUAGCCAUUAAGAAGGAAGACUUGAGGAAGGACCAGGUGACAUCUUCCAUGGCAGUGACCAGAUCCUGCCCCACCACAUCCUGGGGAGUCUCCAGGACUUUAAGAGAAUUGCAGUUGCUCGAGGGAACACCCAGGUUCGUUUGUACAGAGCUGCCUGAAGGAGAGAAGUCACUGAGGUCAUUGCAGUCUUACCACCUGGCAGAGUCCAGAGGACUGAGGUUACAGAAUUUGAGGUGAUAAGUGACCCUUCCCCCCAAAUAGUGAAGCCUACGUAAGCUAGCUUCAGCAGAAGUCAGGAAUUCACUCUAAGGAGACAAGAGCCUGGAGGACUCCAAAGGCAAGAGUGUGUCUGCCUCUCGUCAGACUGAGCCCACUCCCUCCGCCACUGCUGUCUGCACCCCAGCUUUAUUUCCCCUCCUCCAUCCACAUGGUGGAGGAAGGUGGCUCCCCAUAGCUCCCAGGGCCACAUGGAGAGACUGUCUGUCUUCCCAACUUUCUCGUCAUGCAGCGCUUCUGUCAGUUCCCUCAGUUUCCUGGGUCCAGGCAGAGGAUCUCUCAGGUGUUAAAAGGCCUGGGGUUCAAUAAAAAUGGCGCCGUUAUGCAGCAGGUGAGGGUGUCAACAGCAGCUGGGAGGAGGACAGACGCAGUGAAGGACGUUGGCCAGUCUUCCCAUUCUGGGGGAGAGGGGACUGCCAGCGCCCCUGGUUCUGUGCUUUGCUUUCUGUCACUUGCUACCUUGUGGUCCUGGAGAGGAGGGACUCGGCAGAAAGGGAGGACAGCAGGGAUUUAGGCCUGGAGAAGUCUGCUCAGCCCCACUGCCAGACCUUCCCUGGCCCUCCACACUCACAUUGCUCUUUUCAGCUGGCUGAGCUGAUACACACCCCACCCUGUCUGAUGACUCUCAUCUCAACUAAAGAAGAGCCAAAGCAGGAAGCCCCAAAAGAAGAGAAGGCACAUCCUCCCUGGGUCCCGCCUCUGCAGCACAACUUUCUGAAAAACUGGCAGCGCAACAUAGCCCUUCGGAAGAAGCAGCAGGAAGCUCUCAGUGAACGGCUGAAGAAGCCAGUCAGCGAGCUGCUGAUGCACACAGGGGAGACCUACAGACAGAUCCAGGAGGAGCGGGAGCUCCUUGACCGAAUGCUGUCAACGCGGUCUGAUGGGAAGGGCUGCGAGUUGACCAGUGGGUUCUGGAGUCGACUGGAAUACGUGGGAGAUGAAAUGACGGGUCUGGUAAUGACAAAGACAAAAACUCAGCAUGGCCUCAUGGAGCCAAUCACUCAGAUCAAGAAGCCCUGGUCCAUCCAGGCAGAGAUGGGGUUGCCAGCCCAGAAGGACGCGUGGUACCGCUACACCUGGGAUCGGAGUCUGUUUCUGACCUGCCGGCGCAAGGAGCUGCAGAGCAUCAUGGCAGAGCUGAAUUUUAGCCAGCAGGACAUUGAUGGCCUGGAGGUGGUGGGCAAAGGGCGGCCUUUCUCCAGUGUUACGGUGGAAGACUAUUCAGUGUUUGAAAGGAGCUUGGAAAGCUCCUCUGAGGACACAGUGCACUUAGACUUAUUGGCCAAUUACCCUGAUGUGGUUCCUAUGCCUGUUCUUGGCCCUUCUCUGCUGUUCUGUGGGAAGCCAGCCUGCUGGAUCCGAGGCAGUAAUUCAGAGGACAAGAGGCAUGUUGGAAUUGCUGUCCGCUUGACCUUUGAAACUCUAGAAGGGGAGAAAACAUCUUCAGAACUGACCGUGGUCAAUAAUGGCACAGUGGCCAUUUGGUACGACUGGCGGCGGCGGUCACAGUGGGACUCUUUCCAAGACCUGAAGAGGAAUAGGAUGCAGAGGUUCUACUUCAACAAUCGGGAAGGUGUAAUUCUGCCUGGAAAAACUAAAAACUUUACCUUUUUCUUCAAAUCUUUGAAUGCUGGGAUCUUCAGGGAGUGUUGGAAAUUUGGAACCCACCCUAUCCUAUUAGGAGGUGCUCUCCUGCAGGUCAACCUCCAUGCAGUCUCCUUGGCCCAGGACAUUUUUCGGGAUGAGAGGAAGUUAUUGGAGAGCAAGCUGGCUGCCCAUGAAGCAGUCACCAUUGUGGAGAACGUGCUGCAGGAGCUCCUGAGGGGGAUCCUGACGCCCGAGCGCACACAGUCACCUGUGGACGCCUCUGUCACUGAGGAGGACUUGUUCCACCAUAGGAAUCCUCAGCUGCAUUACCAGCACCAGGUGGUGCAACAUCUGCAUAGUCUGUGGUGCCAGUACAUGAUCCUGCCCCUCAAGGCUGAGGAGGCCAGGCCCAGCGAGGAGGGGCACCUCAGCCCCAGGGCGCAGGCUGCUGCAACCCCGUCAGCCUACUCGGAGGAGACCUCAAUGAAGAUCGAGUCUUCUGCACACCUUAAGAGCCCAACGUUAGACCCUCAACUGCCCCGGCAGGAGAGCGAGGCCAUCAAGGACUCCCAGGAUCAUGUUGGGUCCCAGAAGACCGGGCUAGGGGUCAGGCAUUCUCAGCGGAAGAGCAUCAUGGAGGAGAUCCUGGUGGAGGGGAGCCCAGAUCUGGAGAGCAUCAGGAGCCCCUGGGAACUGGAUGGCCUUCCUCUGCCAGAGUGGAAUCUCUGCCUGGAAGACUUCAGAAAGGCAGUGAUGGCACUCCCUGAGGAGAACCAGAGAGAAGACGCCCUAAUCAGGCUCAACAAAGCGGCCCUGGAGCUGUGCCAGGAACCGCGGCCAUUGCACCCUGACUUCCUGUACCAGAUGUGUUUGCAGCUUUGGCGAGAUCUGAUUGACAGCCUGGUAAGCCAUUCCCUGUGGCUGAGGGCUCUGCUGGGCCUGCCUGAGAAGGAGACCAUCUACCUGGACAUGCCAGAAGAGCAAGAUCAAAAAUCACCUCCUGUCACAGAAGUGAAGGUAACUUCUGGGAAAGUGGGAAAGGAGGACCGAAAAGGGGCAUCCCAGGAAAAGAAACAGUUUGGAAUCAGAGACAAAGAAGAUAAAAAAGGACCCAGGCUGUCACCUGGGAAAGAGGACCGUUUAAAUAGCAAGAAGCACAAAACAAAGGAUGACAAGAAGCCUGUGAAAUCUUUAAGUCGGGACGGGCUUUCCUUGGACGAGCCUGCCCCUGACAGCAUCAUCCCGUCUCAGGAACCCAUAGAUCCCCUGGUCAUGGAGAAAUACACCCACAGGCUGCACACUGAGGUCUAUGGGCUGCUGGAUGCCCUGGUGACCGACCUGCUGGCCCUGGCUGACGAACUCAACCCCCAAAAGAAUGCUGAGGAGCCUUUGCGUCUCUGCCCCUGACCCACGUGCCUGAGUUGCCUCCUGGGAAACUGCUUAACAAACAAAUCAAUAAAGAACCUUUAUGUUCCUACCA